AGCCCCGGCCAUGAAUAUGUAACUCGGCGGGUUUCCCGAGCUCCAUUGCGGAGCCGCCGCUGCCAUAUUGUGGUGCCGGGGCUGCGGCGCAGCGCGGGACUGCGGGGCUGCGAGCGGCCAGCCAUGUCUCAAGCCGUGCAGACCAACGGGACACAGCCCUUAAGCAAAACAUGGGAGCUCAGCUUGUACGAAUUGCAGAGAACGCCCCAGGAAGCGAUCACCGAUGGCUUGGAAAUAGUGGUGUCGCCCAGGAGCCUGCACAGUGAGCUGAUGUGUCCCAUCUGCUUGGAUAUGUUAAAGAACACCAUGACAACAAAAGAGUGUUUGCAUCGCUUCUGCGCUGACUGCAUCAUCACAGCCCUCAGGAGCGGCAACAAAGAAUGUCCCACGUGUCGCAAGAAGCUGGUUUCAAAAAGAUCGCUGAGACCAGAUCCCAAUUUUGAUGCUCUCAUCAGUAAAAUUUAUCCAAGCCGAGAUGAAUAUGAAGCUCAUCAGGAGAGAGUGCUAGCGAGAAUCAGCAAGCACAAUAACCAGCAAGCGCUAAGUCACAGCAUUGAGGAAGGAUUAAAGAUUCAGGCUAUGAACAGGUUACAGAGGGGCAAGAAGCAGCAGAUCGAGAAUGGCAGUGGAGCGGAAGACAACGGCGACAGUUCUCACUGUAGCAAUGCCUCAACACACAGCAAUCAGGAAGCGGGGCCUAGUAACAAGAGGACCAAAACAUCGGAUGAUUCCGGGCUCGAACUGGACAAUAACAACACAACAGUGGCAAUAGACCCCGUAAUGGAUGGUGCUAGUGAGAUCGAAUUAGUCUUCAGGCCUCACCCCACCCUCAUGGAGAACGACGACAGUGCACAGACGAGAUACAUCAAGACCUCAGGCAAUGCCACCGUGGACCACUUGUCCAAGUACCUCGCGGUGAGACUGGCGCUGGAGGAGCUUCGCAGCAAAGGAGAGUCGAACCAGAUGAACCUUGACACGGCCAGUGAGAAGCAGUACACCAUUUACAUCGCUACUGCCAACGGGCAGUUCACUGUAUUAAAUGGGUCAUUUUCCUUGGAACUGGUCAGUGAGAAGUACUGGAAAGUGAACAAACCCAUGGAACUGUACUAUGCGCCAACGAAGGAACAUAAAUAAGCUGCGCUUGCAAACGGAGACGGGACUAACUCUUUUUAUAGCUCUGACUUUAAUAUUAAAAGAAGGCACCACCAUUAUCUUCAUGGACAGUACAUGCGAUGCCUUCAGGCUCUCUCAGUAUACUUAUUAACAUGACUAGACAGUAUUCUGGGUUGUAUUUAAUUUAGUCUUUGGUUUGGGUUAUUGGUUUUUCCCUAGGAGACUAAAUGCCCUUCUCCAGUGCAUUCCAGUGUUUGACAUGCUUUUUUUGUUCCUAAUGCAUGAUAACUGAACGAGUGUUCUGGUUUGGAGUGUCUUAAUUUUGUCCAGGUCAAUCUGGAUUUCUAAUACAUUUGACACAGUUAUCGUAGCCUCUGUGAAGUACUGAGCGUUGGAUGGCUGUCAGUCUAUUCAAUAGUAGCGUAUGCCAUGGAAUGUGUUAAAUGUUGUAAUUUGCUAAUGGUUAUCCUAAAAGACUGGGAGAGAAUUGAUUUCUGAUAGUCUUGCAGCUAAUCUGAUUCCCUGGAAUAGUGUUAUUAAUUGUUUUCUUGUGAACAAAGAGAGCUGCAGUGAGAAAACUGACACUUUAAAGCCUUGCUUCAGUGCAAGAUGGUUGAUGAGAUUCAGAUUGGUUUGAUUUUCAACGCAUCUUUUGGUCACCCCCCCCCCCCCCCAAAACAACCCAAACCCAGAACUCUGCCCACUGCAGCCUGAACCGAACAAAGUUCUACAGCCCUACUCUCUUUCUCCUGAGAACAGAUCUUUACUGUGAAUGUAUUGGAAUGUUCUUUAAAGAACUGUCCUGAAAACCUUUUUGUUUUUUUCUCCUUAAAACAAAUCCCUGAAAUUCCCGCACAUGGACAGAACAUGGAAAUUCUUUGCUGUAUGGAAUUCGUGCCACCCCAGCUGUGAGUUUAUCCAGGCGCAGUGGGAGUAGGGAGGACUUUGUAGCUGCUCAAAGAUUCUCUUUCCUUUUUCCUUUACCAUAGCUUUAACUAAGGUGGCUCAGCACUUUGGAAGACAAUUUUAGUACUUGACAAAGUUUACCAUUUAGUGUCUUAAAUGUAGGUUCAAGUUUUAAAACUAGGCAGUAGGCUGUUGUGCAGAGGCCGGAAGGUGCCGAUCGUUGCAUGUUACAUCCCGCUGCCCUCGCACCGGACCUCGCUGUUGCUUGCCCGGGAUUCUCGUCAUUGUCCUAAGGGGAAUAAUGGCACCCGGAGUUCCCUUGAAGGUCAGACUUGAAGCCUUCACUCGUUUGCACCUGAGGCCAGAAGCAAAAUAUUGCUAUGGUAGGUGAGAAGUAAUGCACUUCAGACCAUACAGUGUUGCUCCUUCUUGGUCUUGCCUGCAGUUAAGACUGUUUUUGGCACGUGGUACCCAAGUAUUCAGCUGCUCGGGGAUUCUCCUGGAAAGGAAUUCCCUUCCUUCGCUUCCAUCUUUCAGACAUAGCACUUGUAAAUGUGUCCCUUCCGCCCGCUGUCUCAGAUCAGCUUUAUCCCCUUGUGAAAACUGCACAGGCUUCUUUGAGUAACUUAAUUAUUUUCUCUUCCUGGAGGUUUUGUGACACGAAAGGGAAGUUUCCAGGCCCCCAAAUGUAGAGGGGGCCGCGUGUAAGGAAAUGCGUUAUUCCUGGCUUUCUGGUGAAAUGUUGCGUUGUUUAGACUAGUAGUGCAUGAAUAGAACGCGGGGGGUGGGGGAGCAGCGGCGAUAAAUGCUUUACCGUUUAUGGGGAGACUCCUAGAGUAGUUGCAGCAUCCCUUCCCGUUGUGAUAGCUGAGGUAACGUCCAGUCCCCUUGAGCAAGAGAGGUGUUUGUGACGCCGAGCAGUCUGUCUGUCCCUUUGUCCCCAGUCCUUGAAAAAGCGUGGGAGAAUGUGAAGCUCUUAUUUUCAUGUUGUAGUGAAUUUACUGAAUAUUUAUGUUCUUUAAAUAUUAUAUAUAUAAAAUGUAGUCGUUUGAUUAAA